AUGGAUUGUGUCGUGUCGUUGGUCGUUUAGUUAUUCUGCGGAUUUAAACGAGUGGAGGGAGAACCAUGAGUGCCAGAAACAGAUCCUGCUCUUCCUCCGUCCUCCAGGCAUGCAGUUCAUCAUCGUUUACUAGACAACCUUCUCGUGUGUUGAUCAUAGAUGCAUCGCCACCCUGGUGGUCAGAGACAUGCACUGUUCUGUGUCAGGCCCUGGAAAAUUUCUUUUUUCUGGCCAGUAGUCUAGCUGGACCUGUUCGUAUGCCACUGCUUAGUGUGUUUGCCAUUAGUGUACAGCUGGAGUGCCUUCUACCCUUUGUGCAAGUUAAGGGAAACUUGACACGUUUGCUGUCCUGUGUAGAGGAGCUGCGUUCUCUGCCUCAGGAGGGCUGUGUUCGGCAACGGGGGGCACUCCUUAAACAGGCGGUGCUGGACAGCCUGCAGCAGUUUAAACAAUACAUGUGCCAUACAGCUCAUGGGGACAUCACUAGCAACUAUGUGGAGGUGACUGUAUUAACCUGUCAGUCAGGACAGAUAGUCCUCAAACAGCUGGAGCAGGGUCUGAAAAACUCUGAUCUGAUGAGUCUGCGCAGGCUUCUGGUGGUCCAAAUCACAUUACAGCAGAGUUUCUCAGACAGAUCUCUAGCCUGUGGCCUUGAGACACCAUCUUCAGAAGAUGACCAGGAAGAAAGUCUGAUGCUGGGGACAGAGAUGGAUCUCCAGCUGGUGGAGGGCACUGUUGUAGCCUUGGAGAGUGCUCUGAAAAUGUGGCUUCAUGACCAGGGCGGAGAAAGAGAACAACUGCACUUGUUGUUACCUGCUUCUCUCACAGCUCAGGGAUCUUCACCACAUCCUGCCAACAACAGGCCAAGCCCAGUCUGUUUGAAGUGCGACAUGCAGGAAAGACUUCUCAGUCCAGCCCUGCUUCCCAGUAAUCCUGACCUUGGAGUGAAGACUGAGAGCAUGCAAGAUUUCCAGCAGCCAAACAAGAGCCUGGUCAACCCCUCGCCACAGCGCCUACGAGUUGUCAAAGUUCUUCAUGCCGAUGGAGUUUGUCAGUCUGUGCUGUAUGGACUACCGCUCGUCAUCAGACCAACCUCAUGCUGGCAGCUGGACUGGGAUGAAAUAGAAACAAACCAACAGACAUUUCAUGCUCUCUGCCACAUACUUAAAACCCGUGACUGGUUCCUGUUGGUACGCUCAGAGCCAGGGACAGGAUCAGGUUCUGGUGUGCUCUCAUACUAUGUACUUCAGUCCUCUGGUUCUCUCUCUCUGCUGUUGAAACCUGUGCUGACACGAGAACUGAUGCUCCCCUGCUGUCUGCCUGUCUCAAUGGAGGACCCACCACUUCCUGCACUCGCCACUGUGGAGGGUCGGCAGUCUCAGAGCCGUGCGCGAGCCACUGUGGCCCCUCUGCAGUCCAUUCCUUUAAACAAGAUGCCUCGCCCUUCACUGAACCUCAGCCACUCCCGACCCUGUGCCCCUGCCCUGUUUUUCCAGGACAGCUAUGAGGAGGAAGACCCUCUGAUCAUUCAGUAAGCAGAGAGAGAGAGAGCAGAAUACUUUCACUGUGAGAGGAAAUCACACAUUCACUCUCACACUGACUAACAUCAACUACUGAGCAAAGCCAGAAAUUCUGAACAGUCGUUUCUAAACUCCCACAGACAGGAUGUUACAUACUUGCACAUGACCGGAUAUGUACUAUUACAUGUACUACUAAUCUGAAAAUGUAUAUAUGUGCGGUGCAAACUUGGUUUACUAUUUAGAGAACACAGUACUGUUCUGUGCAACCCUGCUUCUCUCAUCUAACACAAAGCACAUUUUAAAAAUUCAAUAUACACCUUCAGCUAGCUAUACAGACAAAAGAAACAAAACAUUUGACGGCAUAUCAUUUUUCUUUAGAUAGAAUUUAAUAGUGCAACAUCAAAGCUUCAUUUAUCUACUUGCUUUACACCUCAAAUUAAUUGACCAAAUAAAUGACCUAUUACUUACCUCGUUACUUCUCCAAAUAAAAAUGUCAGCAACUUUGAGACUGACACUGCAAAAACAGUCCUCAUAUCUCAGACGCCCAGUAUGCUAAAAACAAGCUGUUUUGUUACCCAAAUGGUUGCAAUUAAAACAGUCUUCAUAGUAACAGCAUGAUUUCGCUCUUUUGGAGGAGUAAUUAAACUAACCGUCAUGCCGUACCGUUUAACAAAGGCCGCACCGCAACUGGGAAAAUAGUUGUGAGUUGCUGAAAAGGAAUAAAAUACAAAACCACAGAAUUGUAGAAGGAAAAGAAUAAAGGCUGUUUAAAGCGAGUGAACUGCCUUCUCAGUGUAAAUGCUGUGGCUAGAAGGCUCUGUAGAGAGUUGAGGAGGAAGAGGGCCAGAGUAGUGGAAAAGUAGAGCCAUUGUCUUCCUUUAUGGAAGCUGCCAGUACAGCCCCAAGGGAAACACACUGUACUCAGCUGAGCAGGAAUUCAAGGCCUUCAAUGAGUUACAGAGAGGGGGAAGACAAAAAGAGUUCACUGUGUGAAGGGUUCAGCGUUGGAGGCACUGGUUUAGAGUUGUGAGAGCUGAGGGAUGCGAUUCUGAAAGCAGACUGAGGUCAGAGCUCUACUAAUUCUCAAUGGGCCUCUCUUAUACAGCCCAUUAAGUAUUGCCUCAUUAAGCUUUCUGCCAUUCCACCCACCUGGCACCGCCUACGCCUGACGUCUUUAUGACAUCGUGGUGAGGUUUGGCAUUGUGCAAACGGUAGAAAAAGCAGAGAGAUAAUCUUACGUCAUAUUUUAUGUUCACAAUUUCCUAACUUGUUCAGUAGUUACGAAAGAGAUUCUGAGAGAUUUUUUUUUUUUUUUUUUUUCAAAAUGACUCUAUACUUCUGAUUGACUAAUGUCUUAAGCAUGUGUUGUCUAAGGGACCAGUGCCCAAAUCACUUAAGUUAAGAAAAAAUAAAAAAAAAAACAUUUAUUUGAGUUAUUGCUGCUACGGUUUUUCUUAAUGUAGGGGGUUUGCAAUUUUUUCACAGUAUUGUUUAAAAUCUGUUAAAUGAAGUAGUUCUCUAGAACAAUUUCAUUUUUGUUUUUACUUUCCCUUUACUAAAUAUUGUA